AUGUCUCGCAACGGCACCACUCUCUACGUGACCGGGUUCAGCCACGGCACCCGCGCGCGCGACCUUGCCUACGAGUUCGAGCGCUACGGCCGCCUUGUGCGCUGCGACAUUCCUGCUCCUCGCAGUGCCAGCAGCAGACUCUUCGCUUUCGUUGAGUACGAGGAUCGUCGUGAUGCCGACGAUGCGUACCAUGAUAUGCAUAACAAGCGCAUUGGCCGCGAUGACAUUCUGAAGAUCGAGUGGGCUCGCACUCCCCCAUCCGCUUCUUGGCGCUUCGACCGCAGUGACCGUGAGCGUGGUCCUCGCGGCCGCGACCGCUCUCCUCGUCGCCGCUCUCCUAGCCCUAGACGCAGCACCAGAGAUUACUCCCCCAGGAAGGAUGAUCGUCGUGACCGCGAUCGCGACCGUGACUACGAGCGUGAUCGCCGCGAUACUCGUGACCGCUCUCGCAGCCCUGAGCGUGAGCGUGAGCGCGAUGUUAAGGACGACCGCGACCGCGAGGACCGUGAUCGUCGCGAGAACGGCACCAACGGUGACGACAGAAAGGCCAUCGAUAGCCCCGAGAGGCCUGCCCACGACGACCUCGACGUUGCCGAGUAA